AUUGCGAAUUACAAUUUCACCGAAUAGAUUGUCAUGACAAAAAUAAAACAACAAACGAAACGAAAAUCGAAAGCAUUUAAAAAGAAACGAAAUGAUGACACAAUUGCAGACGAUGAAAUUGAAACAGGAAAGGAAGAGCCAUCAAGAGAGCAGACAUCCAAGAAACCAGUUAAAGGAUCAGGGAGAAAGUGUAAAGAUGAAAGUAAGAAGGGUAACAAAACGAAGGGGAAACGUAACUCCAAGGAGAAGAAGAACCAGCAAGCUGAGAAAACUGAACUGGAUAAGGACUGUCAAAAGGCUCCGAAGAUAAUUGCUGCAACUAAGGGAUUCUGUAAAUAUUUACUCGAUAUCAAGGAAGCAAGUCUUAGUACGUAUUUUGAUGAACAUCUCGCAGGAUACACUCCACCGAACUUCACUUCUGUAGAAUGGGAAAAGAGUUUAUCGAAAAAUCGUUCGAAAAACCACAAGCUCAAUGACAAUACACGAGUCAUUUUGAGUCCGGAGAAUACGGAAAAUUCAAGAACAGACCCACCGGACACGUACAUCAAUGCAAGUCAUAUCAAAUUUGACAAUUCUCAAAAAGAAUUCAUUGUAACACAAUAUCCACUACCGGAUACAGUUCGAGAUUUCUGGAGAAUGGUGUCAAUUAUGAAAGUGACACAGAUUGUGACAAUUUUCGAGCCACAGACAGACGAGGCAAUUGAGGAAUUUCGUAAUCCUACACUUACAUUGGCUGCUCCUGCUCCGACAUCAACGAUGACUACAAUUGGUGGAUUUCCAGUUCCUAUUGGACAAAUUGCUCACAAUAGAGAUCAAAUUCAGGGGCAAUCGAUUCGAUGUGAGAGCAAUGUGCAUCGAUCAUCGUUCUUUCCCCUUGAAACUGAUCAUUACAUGAACCUAAAGGGCUGGCUCAUCAACACUCGAAGAGUGACAGUUGAUCAUCGAAACAAGGGCUGGAUGAAUAAGUAUACAGUGGAAGUGGUGGCAGAAGGAUGCAGUGAAGCCACAUUUGCAAAAGUCUACAAUUGCACUACGUGGCCUUGGAAGAAGUAUCCGGAUGAUGAGAAGAAAGUUCUUGCUCUUGUACGAGCACCAUAUAAAGACACCUCGACUUCUCUUAUUGCUAAUCUGGAGAAACUUGCACCAAUUGUUGUGAUGUGUGAUUUGGGUCUCGAUCGUUCAGCAACAGUAGUUCUGACUUCUAUCAUUAUCGAUCAAAUCAUUGCGGGAAAAACGCCAGAUUGUGAUGCUCUAUUCAAGAAGAUGAGGGAUCAACGUGCCGGUGUGUUCACUAUGAGCAUUUUCUACACUUAUGCGAUCCGCGCAGCUCUUUUCUAUAUGAAAAUCAAGUUGCAAACCAUGAAUGAUGCUGGUGGCGAAGAGAUGCAGACGAUGCUAAAUAGUGCACUAGCCAAGGUUCCGUUUGUGACGAAGAAAACAAAAUAAAGAUAACUUUACUUUUUGAAUAAAGAUUAAGGAAUAAAGGUAAAUAAUGAUU